AUGAGUACCAAAUUAUUUAGUCGUGUUAAACAUCCGCCGUCAUUUCAGUGCCUUAAAGGCUUAAGCCGCAGCUGCUGCGCCUGUAUAUCAAUAACCCCGAGGCGGCGGAGGCGACAGGUGCCUGGCCCGGCGCCGCCAGCGCUCUCUGGGCCCGGGCCCGGGCCCGGCAGUUCAGCGCUCCGGCCGCUCCCGCCGCCUCCCGCACCCGGCCCGGUCCCGCUCGGCGCGGCGCUGCCGAUCCCGCCCCCGAAGCGCCGCCGGCCCGGCGGCUCCUCCCCUGCGCGGGGCGGGGGAUCCGCGGCGCGCCCGGCCCCGCCUGCGCCUCUUCCUGCGGCGGCAGCGGCGCGGGCGGCAGCGGCGGCAGCGGAGAGCGCCAUGGCGGGGAACGGCGAGCGCACCUUCAUCGCCAUCAAGCCCGACGGCGUGCAGCGCGGGCUGGUCGGGGAGAUCAUCAAACGGUUCGAGCAGAAAGGGUUCCGGCUCGUGGCCAUGAAGUUCGUGCACGCCUCUGAAGACCUUCUCAAACAACAUUACAUUGACCUGAAGGACCGCCCCUUCUUCCCUGGUUUGGUUAAAUACAUGAACUCUGGACCUAUUGUGGCCAUGGUAUGGGAAGGACUCAACGUGGUUAAAACUGGGAGAGUGAUGCUGGGGGAAACCAACCCUGCAGACUCCAAGCCUGGCACCAUCCGUGGUGACUUCUGCAUUCAAGUGGGAAGGAACAUCAUCCACGGCAGUGACUCUGUGGAGAGUGCACAGAAGGAGAUCAACCUGUGGUUCAAACCCAAUGAGCUCAUUGACUUCAAGCCCUGUGCACACGACUGGAUCUAUGAGUGAUGGGUUCCCACAGUGAUUUGUGCCUUCCAACACCUCAUCUCAUUCCAGCUGCUGCCCUGGGAGCAACCACAGUUACGUUAGUGCUGAAAGUGACUGUCAAAUAAAUGGGUGUGAACUAA